AUGUUAAGUUUUAAUAAACCUCUUUCACAACAGUCAAAUGGAUUUAUGGGGUUUGGUCAAAACAACCAACAAUCAGGAUUUGGAAAUAACACACAACAAAUAAAUAGUUUUGGAACAUUUUCAGGGUUUGGUUCUAGUCAAACCCAAAAUAAUGGGUUUGGUCAACAAAGCCUUUUUAAGUCUACUUCUCAACAACAAAACGGAUUUACAGGUUUUGGACAACAAACCCAAAAUACUGGGCUUGGAUUUGGUAAUACAAUAGGAAAUUCAUUAACAUCAGGAUUUGGGCAAAAUACUACACAACAAAAUAGUUUUGGUGGGUUUGGACAAAAUAAUCAACAGUCAAAUGGGUUUGGGUCAUUUGGUAAAACUGGAUUUAAUGCAUUUGGAAACAAUAAUACUCAAAAUACUACUUUCGGUGGGUUUGGACAAAUUAAUAAUCAACAAUCAAAUGGAUUUGGUGGAUUCGGGUCAUUUGGACAAACUAAUCAACAACAAAAUGGAUUUGGAUCAUUUGGACAAACUAAUCAACAACAAAACGGAUUUGGUGGAUUUGGUUCACUUGGAAAUACAACAGGAUUUGGACAAAUUGGUAAUACACAAACAAGUGGAUUUGGAGGAUUUGGACAAAAUAAUACUCAGCAGUCAAAUGGAUUUGGUGGAUUUGGAUCAUUUGGACAAACCAAUCAACAAUCAAAUGGAUUUGGUGGAUUUGGCAAUACAACAGGAUUUGGACAAACUGGUAAUACACAAACAAGUGGGUUUGGUGGAUUUGGAAGUACAACAGGAUUUGGACAAACAAAUAAUCAACAAGGAGGGUUUGGAUCAUUUGGACAAACUAGUAAUACACAAACAAGCGGAUUUGGAUCAUUUGGACAAACUAAUCAACAAUCAAAUGGAUUUGGUGGAUUUGGUUCACUUGGAAAUACAACAGGAUUUGGACAAAUUGGUAAUACACAAACAAGUGGAUUUGGAGGAUUUGGACAAAAUAAUACUCAGCAGUCAAAUGGAUUUGGUGGAUUUGGAUCAUUUGGACAAACCAAUCAACAAUCAAAUGGAUUUGGUGGAUUUGGCAAUACAACAGGAUUUGGACAAACAAAUUCAUUAACAGGAUUAGGGACAUUUGGUAAAUUAGGAUUAAACCAAACAAAUAACCAAGGAAAUUUAUUUGGAGGAUUUGGAAAUAAUACUUCUUUUGGUAAUACAAAUAUCCCAAAUUUUGGAAGUUCUACUAAUAAUGUUUUUGCAUCAACCAAUGGAAUUGGUUCAUUAUCAACAGGAAAUAUUAAUGGAAAUUCUUUCCAGCCACCCCAACAACAAGGAUUAACUCAACAACAAACAUCAGCAAUUAUUGCUGAUAUGGCACAAAAACAACUUAAUGAAAAACAAAAGAAAGAAGAUAAAGAAAAGAAAGAAAAAACAAAAGUUAAACACCCAGAAGUUCAUAAAAAAAUCGUAGUAAUGAUGUAUCAAUCUUUAAUAAGAGACUUAAAUAUGACAAAUGAAGAAAAUAAAAAUACUAAAGAAGAGGAUAAUAAAAGUAAUACAAAUGAAUCAACUCAACCUGUUGAAAUGAGAAAAAGUUCAAUACCUAUUUUUUCCAAAGCACCUGUUAUGAAUAAAAGUGGAUAUUUUAUGGUUCCAUCAAUUUCAGAAUUAAGAGAAUUAGAAGAAGAUAAAUUAAAUAAUAUUAAGUCAUUAACAAUUGGAAAAAGUAACAUAGGUAAAAUUGAAUGGAAAGAUGUUGAUGUUAGGAAUAUUAAUUUUGAUAUUAAUGUGAUUAUUAAUGAAAAGAAUAUUGAAGUAUAUCCUGACGGAACAUUGAAACCAGCUGAGGGAGAAAAAUUAAAUAAACCUGCAACCAUUACAUAUUUUGGAGGAUUAAAUGAAAUGGGUGAUAAAGAACUUGACUCUUUUGUUAAAAAACACUACCCUUAUGUUACUAGUUACACAAGAGAUGAUAGUACAAAAGAAGUCACUAUCGAAGUUGAUCAUUUCUAA